CGGGUGGUGUGUGCCUGAGUACUUUAUGUGGGAGGAGGCUGCUGCUGAGCAAAAUUCCAGUGCUGUGAAGCACUGGAAGCAGCCUUGAGGUCUAUAUCUGUCUUCCCGUUGGACGGACGGUCGGUCGGCCGCGAUGGAGUUCGUGCUGAGCGGAGUGGCGGCGUGCGGCGCCUGCGUAUUCACGAACCCGCUGGAGGUCGUCAAAACACGUAUGCAACUCCAAGGAGAGCUAAAGAGCCGUGGCUCUUAUCAGGUUUAUUAUCGCAACGUGUUCCACGCUUUUUAUACUAUCGGCAAAGUGGAAGGACUGGUCGGCUUACAGAAAGGAUUAGUCCCCGGGCUGUGGUAUCAGUUUUUUAUGAAUGGAGUCAGGCUCGGAUCGUACGCCAUCAUCGAGUCGUCGGGUUACAUCCACACCAAUGGAAGGGUCAGCGCUGUCAAAACCACGGUGGCAGGGGCUGUCGCUGGAGUGGUGGGAGCUGUGAUGGGCAGCCCCAUAUACUUGGUGAAGACUCACCUGCAGAGUCAGUCUACCUCCUCUAUUGCAGUUGGUCAUCAGUACAAACAUCAGGGGAUGACCCAUGCCCUGGUUGCCAUCUACAGGCAGCAUGGCAUUCUGGGACUGUGGAGGGGCUCCAGUGCUGCAGUACCGAGGGUCAGCGUGGGGUCAGCCACUCAGCUCUCCACCUUCUCCUCCGCCAAGGAGCUUGUCAGUGACCUGCAGGUGUUCCCAGCGAACAGCUGGCUGGUUGGCCUCAGCGCCGGCAUGAUCAGUAGUGUGGUGGUGGUGCUGGCUAUGACUCCUUUUGAUGUGGUGAGCACGCGGCUCUACAACCAGCCCGUGGAUCCUUUGGGCAAGGGUCAGCUCUACAAAGGAUUUACUGACUGCUUUUCCAAGACCCUGAAGAAGGAGGGCAUGAUAGGACUCUACAAAGGCCUGGGAGCAUCCUAUUUCCGACUCGGGCCACACACCAUUCUUUCGUUGUUCUUUUGGGAUGAACUGCGCAAAUUGUACCAGCAGUUCAGAUAACACCCGGGACGAGGAGACUGGAAAAUGGGUAACUCAUUAAGUUCUGAGUGCAGAAGGUUAAAUGAGUCCUCAUUUAAUGAGUUUAUGAUUAUCAGGUAAAUGAAAAACUUGAAGGUAUUCAGCUUUCUUAAAAGGAAAGAGCAAAGCUAAUGUUUUACACUCCAGUAAAAAUGUUAAAUUAUUGUGCUGCUGAAGUUGUAGAUUUCUUAACUGCACUUGUUGCAUAGAACCAUACAGUCCUCCAACACUGCCACUCUUUUAUAGCUCUUUCAUUAUGUAAUUCUAACACACACAAAAGAAUGUAUGCUGUGGAUCUUCUGGAGAAAAUGCCAAAUGUGGCCCUCAGUGGGACCUCAAGGAGGUUAAUGUCUAUUUUUAUUCUAGUGUGACUGAGCAGAAGGAAAAUGGGAUUGUGACACAAAUACCAUGCAGCAAUCUUGUUUGCUUGCUUGAGGUGAUAAUAAGUGUACUGUAGCAACAUGCUUAAUAAUUCUGCCCUUCAGGUGUUCCUUCAAGCAACUUUGCCUUUGAAUUAACACGUCUUGUUAAAGCCAACAAGAUCCGGCUGAUCCCUCACUCAGCGGUGAGCCAGCUGGUUGUAAAACCAAAAUUUGUUCAAAGCUACUAAACGAUUUUUAGGUUCUUGUUGAAUUGAUAAACUUUCUAAAGACUGCAGACGUGCCAGGCUAAAAUUGUGUGAACUGUGUAUAAUUGAGUUUUGAGUUUGAGUAGGUCAAAUAGAGAAUAUAUUUUCUGUGUAAAACAGUAUGGAAUCAGAUUUGCUUUCCAGCCUUAAAUGGGGGGGGGGGAAGGUGAAUAUAGAAAGGGGUUAAAGACAACUGUCGGCCAAAGGUUUGUUUCACAAUGACUUCGGUAGCAGACAAAUUUCCUCUUAAGUGUCCACAACAUGGGAAGAAAAAACUCCCCUAAAAUGAAAUUAUUUAGAUUUCAUAACCAGAGUGAGCACACAGCUGAUCCAGUGACUCUGCCAAAAAAGGAUAUGAAAGCUGUCCACCCUGAGCGUGUAGUAUUAUACUAUAAAAGGAGCCAUUACACUUAAUACCAAGUCAAAGUGGCUUUCUCCAUUAAAUUAAACAAAUAAUAAUAAAAUAUUGAUGCAUUUUUUUUUCUUAGUCAUUUACAUAUAUGACAUAGUUCAUAAAUAGUGUUAUGUUUAAACACUGAUGGGGCCACCUUCCUUAUCAUUAUCUCCUAAAUGGUAGUAAUAUGAAUUAAUUUAUUAAAGUUUCAUUCUGCAGCUGCACCAGUAUUUUUAUUGUACAUGUUGGUAAUUAUAUAAAAACAGUUCAUCUUUCAUCUUGAGAGCAUAGUUACACAAGUCUUUACACAUACACAGCUGUAAUAGUCAGCACACACACACACACACACACACACAUUCACAUUUUCACACUUGCUUAAUCUCGUUUUUGAAACAGUCAAACUUUUUACAGUUUCAUUUUGAGAAACCUGCUUCCUCUUCCAAAUAAAGUUCAUUCAUUCAUUCAUAGUAUGCUGACAUUAGUCUGAUCUACUAGUGUACUUUUCUAAGGCUUCCUUUUUAGAUUGACAAAAUAUUAAAUUCAUUCAGCUAAUUAUUUCCACAAGUUAGAAAACUUACUGUUGCUCUGCUAAAAGUUCUUAUAAAAAAAAGGCUCAU